AUGUCGGGCGUUAAUUAUAGCAAGUGGGAUCACAUUGAGGUUUCUGAUGAUGAAGACGAUACACAUCCAAAUAUAGACACGCCUAGCUUAUUUCGAUGGCGUCAUCAAGCUCGUCUAGAGAGAGAUGCUGCUUGGAAAAGGGAAAAAGAAGAAUUUGAACAGAAUUAUAAAUCUUUUCUAAGCAAAUACAAUGAAACUCAACAGAAAUUAAAUCAAGCUAAAGAGACUGGUGCAGAUAAUCUAUCCGAAUUACAGAAAACCUUUGAACAGCUUGAAGUUGAAGCAAAAGAAUGGUCAGUUAAAGAAGCAGAAAUGAAAAAGAAAGAAAGGUUGAGACCUUUAAAUAUUGAUACUAUAUGUAGGGAAGGAAAAUCAAAAACUUGUAUUAAUUCAUCAAAAUUGAAAUAUGAAGAGAAUAAUGAGAAAGUUGAUAAUUCUGAAGAAGCAGCUGUCAAUCGAUUGAAAGAUUUUGUGAAUAAACAUAAUAAAGAAAUACGUAAAUUUGGGCUAUUCCGUAAACCGUUGGAUUCACAAAAUUACCUCAUUGAAAAUCCUUAUUUGGUAUGCGAAGAGACAGCAAAUCAACUUGUCAUAUGGUGUAUUGAUUUAGCCGUGGAAGAGAAAUUUGAACUUAUGGAUCAUGUAUCUCAUCAGUGUAUAGUGAUGCAAUUUAUGCUUGAAUUGGCGAAAUCACUCAAGUGUGAUCCAAGAGCGUGUAUUCGACCAUUCUUUGCCAAAUUUAUAAAUCCAGAACCAGAAUAUCAAAAAGCUUUUAAUGAUGAACUUUCAGCAUUCCGAGAGAGAAUUCGUGCACGCGCUAAAGUUCGACUAGAAGAAGCUAUGAUGCAACUUGAAGAGGAAGAGAAAAAGAAACGUCUUGGUCCAGGUGGUCUUGAUCCAGUUGAAGUGUUUGAAUCACUGCCAGCGAAUCUCCAAGAAUGUUUUGAGAAAAAAGAUGUUGAAUUAUUAAAAACUGUACUCUGUAGUAUGGAUCCACAACAGGCGGAAUAUCAUAUGAAACGAUGCGUGGAUAGUGGUCUAUGGGUUGACAAUGCUCGUGGUGGUGGUGGUGGUGGUGAUGAUCCUGAAGAAAACGGUGGUGCCGAUGAUGAUAAUAAUAAUAAGGAAACAAAUCAAACAGAAGAAGGAGAAAAAGAAGAAACAUCAGUAGAAUCAGUUGAUGAAUCCUCUUGA